CGAGACGUCACUCUGGGAUCGGCUGUGCCUGUGCAUCGCCGAGCUUCACUGUCAGUCAGCGGGGGUUUCGGGCUGAUUACCGUCGCUUCCUCGGGACGCGAGAAAGUAGCCUUCCCUGGGAUUAAAGAGGUCGCCAGUCCCACGGCUUUCGUCGAAACUACCAGCGGAUUCAUGCUGUGUUGUUAGCUAAAUGCGGUACGAAGCUAAAAUGAUGCCGAUGUUCCUUACAGUAUACCUUAGUAACAAUGACCAGCAUUUUACUGAGGUUCCCGUUACCCCGGAUACGCUGUGCCGGGAUGUGGUGGACUUGUGCAAGGAGCCAGGAGAGAUGGACUGCCACCUGUCUGAGAUGUGGCGUGGAUCUGAACGUGCUGUGGGCGAUGGGGAGCGGAUGCUUGAUGUGCUCCAAAGAUGGGGUCAGCACAGGGCAGAGGUUCGCUUCUUUCUGCGUCACAACCGAGCCCCUAGCAGGGAGUCAGUUGGAUCAAGAGGCUCGGAGCCAAAAAGGAAUGGAAUGAAGGGUCCCCAAGACAGGAGGAUGGAGAAUGGCGUGGCGACACCUCGGAUGGACAUGACGCUGGCGGAGCUUCAAGAGAUGGCAGCCAGACAGCAGCAGCAGAUUGAGGCUCAACAACAGCUCCUCGCUUCCAAGGAGCAGCGACUGCGCUACUUGAAGCAGCAGGAACAGCGUCAGCAGCAGCAGGCGUCUGAGCAGGAGAAGUUGCAGCGCCUCCGAGAGAACAUCGAGAACCAGGAAGCUCGGCUCAAGAAGGUCCGGGCUAUCAAGGGCCAGGUGGAGCAGAAACGCCUCAGCAAUGGCAAACUGGUGGAGGAGAUAGAGCAGAUGAACAAUCUGUUCCAGCAGAAGCAGAGAGAACUAGUAAUGGCUGCGUCCAAGGUCGAGGAGCUCAGUCGACAGCUAGAGAUACUCAAAAGUGGAAAGAUGGAAAACUUCCAUGACAACCAGAGCUCUGUGGCCGAACUUGACCGCCUCUACAAGGAGCUACAAUUGAGGAACAAGCUCAACCAGGAUCAGAACUCCAAGCUGCAGCACCAGAGAGAGAAUCUGAACAAGCGAAACCUGGAGGUGGCUGCCAUGGACAAACGGAUCAGCGAGCUCCGGGAUCGCCUGUCAAAGAAGAAGGCAGCGCUCCAGCAAAAAGAAAACUUGCCUCCACAGAUGCCCCGGCAUUCAGAGCGCAUCCAUGUCAACAAUGGCUAUCCUGUUAAAGAGAGGGCUUCAAAAGAAACUCAUCCUCAGCAGCCCUCUGAUGGCCAAGCUGGACAGCAGACAGGACCAUCUCGUGUGGCAGCGGUCGGCCCGUACAUACAGUCGUCUACCAUGCCCCGAGGCCCAGUGAGACAUGAGCUGCUCGUAAAACCAGCCUACCCUGACGGCACUGCCACCCUACCGACCCACGACCCACACAGCAAGGCCAGCGCAGGUAUUCAGCCAUCCAGACUGGCAGACUGGGGUUCUUCAGGUCCAGACACCAAUGCCAAUGGUCAUGGAUCUUCUUCCACACUGCCACGAAUGAACUCUCACUCCAGCUCUAACCUAGAACAAGAUGAGACGGAACUGAGGAAGGACAGGAAGGUACGUCCAUUUUCCAUGUUCGAGCCAACAGAGAUUCCCACUACCUCUCUCCGCAAAAACCAGAGCAGCGAUGACCUGGUCCGGGACGCUCAGUCUGUUCCCAAGGCUCCAGUCAAGGUUCCUCCUCCAGUCCCCACCAAACCCAAAGGCCCUGGUGUUGUGCCUUAUGGCAAACCAGGCCUCAACACAGGCACUUUCCCUAAAGCCAAGCCCCACAGCCCGCAGCCCCAGACUGUCCAGAACCGCGCUAUGACACCCAUACAGAGCCAGACACUCCCCCUACCAGCCAAGCAGGACACUCCACCUGCAGCCACAGUGAGGCCAUUCACUCCAGAGCUGCCUUCCUCCAAAGAUGCCAGCCUGAGUAAGCCCCAAACCUUAGCGGCCAGCUCCAUAUACUCCAUGUACACACAGCAAUCUGGCUCAGGAAAGCCCUUCCCCGCUGCUUUGCAAGGUGCUGUCAACAGGACCCAGAACCGCUCCAACGGAUUUGUCAGUGUGUAUGGUAAACCAGUGAUCAGUGGAGGGUCCCCGCAUCCAGAGAACCCUUACAUGGACCGUCGCUCCCCUGCCCUAGAAUCUGAGGUUGACCACACAGGAGCCAUCAGUGUGGGUCCCAGCUCGUCUGAUGGCCCCCAACCAGAGACGGAGCGCAUCCCCCGGCCCCUCAGCCCCACCAAGCUGCUUCCCUUCAUUUCCAACCCCUACAGACAUCAGAGUGAGAGCGACCUGGAAGCCCUGAGAAAGAAACUCUACAACGCCCCGAGGCCCCUGAAGAAACGCAGCUCCAUCACUGAACCAGAGGGUCCCGCAGGGCCCAAUAUCCAGAAACUCCUCUAUCAGAAGACCACACUGGCGGCAAUGGAGACCACUGUGACCACACCGACCACUCCGACCUUUGCUGGUGAAGUGGAGAGGACAGCAGAGGGAUCUGCGGGGCUACAUGUUCAGAGUGGCGCAGAGAACCAGCCAUCAGAGAUGGGACAGACUCUGGAGGGAGGACAGCCCCCGCCUCACGUCCCAGAGGCUAAUGUCUCUGUCCCUGUCCCAACUGAACACGCCAAAACGCCUCCAGCCAUCCCAGAGACUGAGGACAUUAUACCCCCUCCUCCCCCGUCCCACCCUGCUCCCAGGCCAGAUGACGCUAUAUUCCCACCACCACCCCCUGCUGGCUUGGAGGAAACAAUGCCCAACUUGCCCCCUCCGCCUCCUGAAGGCUUCCUGGAAGAGUUCCCUCCCUACCCACCACCUCCAUACCCCAGUGGAGCGGAGCAGGAGAGUUUUGGGGAGGACACGUUUUACAUGAAGGCACCGGAGGUCACGGGUCAGGUCACACUUCCCCCGGGAAAGAGGACCAACCUGCGCAAGACUGGCUCUGAACGCAUCGACCACAGCAUGAGGGUGAAGUUUAACCCACUGGCUCUGCUGCUGGACUCUUCUCUGGAGGGAGAGUUUGACCUGGUCCAGAGGAUCAUCUACGAAGUGGAGGAUCCCAGUCUGCCCAACGACGAAGGCAUCACAGCGCUCCACAACGCAGUCUGCGCUGGACACACGGAGAUCGUCAAGUUUCUGGUUCAGUUUGGUGUCAAUGUCAAUGCUGCGGACAGUGACGGCUGGACACCUCUUCACUGUGCUGCGUCCUGCAACAAUGUGCAAGUGUGCAAGUUCCUGGUGGAGUCUGGUGCUGCAGUGUUCGCCAUGACCUACAGUGACAUGCAGACAGCAGCUGAUAAAUGUGAAGAGAUGGAGGAGGGCUACACCCAGUGCUCUCAGUUCCUCUACGGUGUUCAAGAGAAGAUGGGCAUCAUGAACAGAGGCGUGGUGUACGGUCUGUGGGAUUACACUGGUGAAAACCCAGACGAGCUGUCAUUCGACGAGGGGGAGUGCAUGACCAUCGUCCGCAGAGAAGACGACGACGAGAUCGAGUGGUGGUGGGCGCGCAUGGGCGACACGGAGGGCUACAUUCCCCGCAACCUCCUCGGGCUCUAUCCCAGAAUAAAGCCAAGACAGAGGAGUCUGGCUUAAAACACAAUGAUGUCUGCACAUUCCAGUCUGCCAGCACCUCCCAAUAUACACACACACACACACUGAAGGACACUGAUGAAAUGAAGAGAUAAGGACAGACCAAAUAAUAUGAAGGAUCAUCUAUGAGCUCUAUCUCUGGCACUUUUCUGUACCUACAACAGAAGGAUUUUCUCGCUUUACAUUUUCUAGGCCACACUGUGUGUACUUUAUUCUUACGCCGCUAAAGGCAUCGUUUUUUUCUUUUCUUUUCUUCCACUGUUUUUGUAAUAAGCGUCUGAAUUACCCGUCUACUGGACCUCAAGACAUUUGGGAUGUAAAUGGAACAAGCAGUAUUUUUAUCCAGAGAUAAAGUGAUAUUUUUUACACUUGUGAAUGAACUAUUCAUUAUUUUCUAACAUGCGUGAGAGCUCUACAUUGUUUGAGGUGUGUGAGUGGAUGAUGAUGAUGGUGACGUCUUAGAAACGUUGCCAUGACAAUCUGUGUGGGUGUUGUUUGUCGUCACCACGCCUCCUGUAAAUACCUGCAGUAGUGGAGUUUCAGCUGUGAAAUAAAUGGAAAAUGAAACAGAUCGGUGGGGAUGAUGACGCAUUUGAUUCAUCGCUGUCUCGUCUCCUGUAUCGGCACGCGUUUGAGAUGCCGUAACAUACUGUGUAUACAUGAAUUUCUGUCACAUCUGUCUAUCUGUUCAUCUAGAAAUAUUUUUUACUGUAGUGAUCAUAUUGUUGUGAGAAUGACGACUCUUAAGAGGCCGUGAAGGAGAUGCCAUGCAGUAUGUUUGUUUUUCAUUGUAGCCAUUCCAUGACCAUGCAGUGUGAGGUCACAAAGGUAAGACCUUCCACCGGAAAACCUGGAUUUAAAAAAAGAAAGAAAAAGGACUUCAUUCUCUCAAACAUUCCCAAAACACAACGUAUCACAUAUCUCUGUCAAAGCAGAUGUAUUUAUUUUUAUUUUUUCUUUAGCUAUUUUUUUUUUAUUAUAAUCACAAAUGUACUGUAGUGUUUCAAGCAUUUACAAUAAAAUACUUUGUACUUAG